UGGAUGGCGAUAAAGACUUUGGAUCCAUAUCUGCAAGUUCUCCAAAAGAUGUUCCGGUGGAACUUAAAGGAAAUGAUGAUAAUAAUGAAAAUCUAAUUAAUCAACUUGAAACGCGUUUGGCGGCGCGUGAAAAUAAAAUAGAACUUAUGAGUUCAAAUACAGAAAAACUUGAAAAAGCUUUAAAUCAACAACAAGAUGCAUAUGCUAGAUUAGAAGAAAGAUAUACUCAAGAAAAACUUAAAAAUGAAGAAGACAAGAAAAUGCUCAUGACAGGAAUUGAAGAACGUGAUCAUAGGAUUUCUGAGCUGGAAAAAAAAGUCGAAGAGUUGGUUGACGAAAUAUCACAACUGAAACGAUUAAAAAUGGAUAUUAGAAAUUAUCGUUCAAAUUCACUUGCUUCGGCUUCUUCAACUUCUUCGGAUCAAGAUACUCCUCUUUCCACACCUCCUGAUUCGAAUACUCCAAAAUCAUCUGUAAAUUAUUCUUCUGUGUUAGGAUUAGAAUCAAAAUUAUAUCAACUUCAAAAAACUCAUGGAAAGACUGUCUCAGAAUAUAGUGAGAUAAAGAGUAAAUAUGCUUCAUGUCUUGAAGAAAUCCAAGAACUUCAAGGACAACUUCGAGCUAAAUUGAACAUUAAUAUAAUACCUGGAACCCCAUUAACUUCUACCGGAACAUCUUUUGGAGAACUUGCAGAUAUGGAUCCAAA